AUGUCUAAAGCAUUGGCUUCCAGUAAGGUACUUGUGGAUGAUGAAGUGAUUCCUGCCACUAUUGUUUAUUCUUCGACCACAGGGAAGAUUUUGGAAAUCAUAGAUGAAAUUGUAGAUCCUCUGGACGCAUAUUUAAAGUUGUUUCAUGUUGAAGAAUAUCGUGAUGUUUCCCCAUUACUUGUGAUGCCUGGUAUAGUUGAUGCUCAUGUACAUUUGAACGAACCUGGUAGAACGGAAUGGGAAGGUUUUGCUACCGGGACCAAAGCAGCUGCUUCUGGGGGGGUUACUACUGUGGUUGAUAUGCCAUUGAAUGCUAUUCCUCCAACAACUACUGUUGAGAACUUUUUGUUGAAGAUAGCUGCGGCUCAGAACCAAACCUGGGUUGAUGUUGGUUUUUGGGGUGGGUUAAUUCCUGAUAAUAUUGAUCAUUUGAGACCUUUGAUUAGCAUGGGUGUUAGGGGUUUCAAAGGGUUUCUUAUUGAAUCUGGUGUUGAUGAAUUCCCGGCGAUUGAUCCUCCCUAUAUAUUAGAAGCCAUGAAGGAGGUAGAUGGGUUGAACACUUUAUUGAUGUUCCAUGCAGAAAUGCAACCUGAUGAAGCUGAAAACCAACAUGCCAUUAUGAAUGAAAUGGGGUUCCAUACCAAUGGAGACUUUUCUAAAAAACCAUCUAUUGAGAAGAAGCUCAUGAACGGCAAAGUUUCUUCCAAUUCCAAUGGUGCAGCAUUAACCAAUGGGUUCAAGGCCUUGAGAUCACCUGGUGCCAGUUUCAGCUUGGAUGUUGAUGAAUCCAAUUCUUCAUUGGGGACUCCAGCAGGUUCUGCUUCUGGUUCAAGUGAUAGAAUCGCCGCCAUUGCCGAUGAUAUUCAGGAUCUUGAUUUGGGUAUGUCGGCUUCAUUUAUUCAUCGUACUCCAAAGGCAGUGGUGAAGUUGUUGAAGGAGGAUGCUCAUGAUCAUAAACAUAUUGAAGGCGAAGAGCAUGAAAAUUGUUCUUUACCUCAUAAUCAUGCUGGAUCUAUGAAUCAACAAGUUUUAACUGAUCAACAAGCUAAAGCAUUAGCCAAACUGCCAUAUUUGGCUUCUUCUGAGCCACUUUUGGGUACUUAUACUUUACUUGCUAAUCAUAAUAGAAGACCCGUCGUGGCUUCACCCAGAGUCAAAGCUAAGAUGUUUGAUUAUACCGAGGAAGAACCAUCCUCACCCCUUUUGUUAGCUCAAAGAGAAGAUCCUAAUUUGGCUAACAUUGAUGCCACAGCUUAUGCUUCCUUCUUGGCUUCUAGACCUGAUAAUUUCGAGACUACAGCCAUAGCAGAGAUCAUUUACUGUUCCACUCAAAUCCCUACUGUACCUUUACACAUUGUGCAUUUGGCAACACACGAAGCAGUACCAUUGAUCAGAGCGGCUAAGAAUAGAAACUUACCCAUAACUGCAGAAACAUGUUUCCAUUAUCUUAGUCUUUAUGCUGAACUGAUCUCCAAUUGUCAAACCCAUUUUAAAUGCUGUCCACCAAUCAGAACCGAUAAUAAUAGGAAACUCCUCUGGAAGGCGUUACGGAAUGAUAUCAUCACCACCGUUGUUUCAGACCAUUCACCUUGUACUCCUGAUCUUAAGGGGUUGGAAAAGGGUGAUUUUUUCUCUGCUUGGGGUGGGAUAUCUUCCGUAGGGUUCGGGUUACCUAUUUUGUAUACUGAAGGUCAAAAGCUCUCGCCACCUGUGUCAAUACAAGAGAUCAACAAAUGGUGUCUGAUCAACACAGCAAAACAAGUUGGGUUAUCACAUGUUAAGGGGCGUAUUGCCGUUGGUUAUGAUGCAGAUAUUUUACUAUUUGAUUUGGAUGCCAAGUACAUUGUUCAAAACGAUCAGACAUUCUUUAAGAAUAAGUUGACUGCAUACGACGGUAAGGAGUUUAAAGGUAGAGUGAUGGAAACCAUAGUUAGAGGCAAUUCGGUGUUUACUUUCAAGAAUGGUCAUUCCAAAAAGGCUUUAGGUAGGUUGAUCUUAGAGCCUAGAACUAUUUAG